AUGCUCGUGAAUAGCGGUGACGACAUGACGGCUAGACAAAUAUCACUUUCCUCCGAUGGCUUGAAUUGGCGCCACACGGCGUCAAGGCGUUCGGCAGCCGCCAACAAUUUGAACAAGAUGCUGUCGGCCAUUCGUCCAAAGCGUGAGAAACAUACGAUACUGAAGCUGAAAGAUAAAACGACGGAGCUACGGAUAUGCACCGCCUGCGGUGAGCCGAUCGCCGAUAAGUACCUCUUCGACAUCGAUGGUAGCGCCUGGCACGGAUCCUGUCUGCGGUGCUCCGUCUGCCUGACGCUGCUCGAGCGCCAACCGUCGUGCUACUUCCGCGACCGACACGUCUACUGCCGGACGGACUAUGCCAAAACGUUCGGCGCCAAGUGCUCCAAGUGCUGCCGCACGAUAGCGGCCUCCGAUUGGGUGCGCAAGGCGCGCGAUCUCGUCUUCCAUCUGGCGUGCUUCUCGUGCGACACUUGUGGCCGGCAGCUCUCGACCGGCGAGCAGUUUGCGCUGAUCGACGAUAAGGUGAUGUGCAAGAUCCACUACAUGGACACCGUGGACGAUGGAUCCAACUCGAGCGAUGACGGUUGCAGUAGCGAUGGGUACAACAAGAACAAAUCGAAGCGCGUCCGGACGACGUUCACCGAGGAGCAGCUGCAGGUGCUGCAGGCCAACUUCCAGAUCGACAGCAACCCGGAUGGGCAGGACCUGGAGCGGAUAGCGCAGCUGACGGGCCUGAGCAAACGGGUGACGCAGGUUUGGUUCCAGAACUCGCGCGCCCGCCAGAAGAAACAUACGCACGUUCCACGUGACCACAAUCCCAAUCUGUUCGGGGCGCUGCGACAGGAUCUGAACAACAACAGCAGCGGGCAGGCGGGUCUGAGCGAUCACGAACCGGGCCACAGCAUGGGCAAACAUUCGGGAGCGAUGUUCAACUCACACGUGAACCUCAUCAACCUGAUGGUGUAACAUAUGGGAAGGCAAUCACUGUUGCAUGCGCCACUCGGAGGUUGCCAAAUGGAUGAUUGCUGAAGACGUUGUCUCCGCCGGCCGCCGCCGCCGCCGUACGCCAAGCGUCCGAGGAUCGGAGCCGCGCGAACCUACCAAAGAGUUAUGACAAAAAACCAACUUCUAGUUCUAGUUCUGGACAACCAGCGCAGUGCUGGGGGCACUUCAUCACACUACUUUGCACUACUUGCUGGUGGUAUUAAAA